AUGCCUCGCAACCCCCGCACGCUCUCCUGGGUCACGAGCCGCAUGCAGGUGGGGUUUGACCUCGCCCUGCUUGACCCCGCCGCCAUCCGCAGCGAGGUCUGGUACGACGACUGCAGUGUCCCCGUAGCCGCCUCCUCCGUCACCUCCUACUCACACAUCGCCACGGGGUCCGCGAAUUAUGGUCAGCUGUACCCGUACUCGAGCCUACUCAACUACACCUCCGGCGCCAUCCACCACGUCUGCCUCCACGGCCUGCGACCAGCCAUGAGCUACUACUACUGUUGUGGUGACAGCGCCCUCCCCAGCGGCCUCAGCAACGAGAGGUCCUUCACCAUGCUACCUGCGGCAGGGGCCGGGUACUACUCGUGUCGCAUCACGGUGCUCGGGGACCUGGGCUUCACCGGCAACUACAACGCCACCGUCGAACACCUCACCAAGAAUGACCCCUCCCUGAUCCUCAUGGUCGGGGACAUGACCUACGCCAACCAUUGA